AUGAUGAGUUAGAUGCUGAUAUUACUUUAUUGGUGCUCUUAGUUUUCUGUCAGAUGAUGUGUCUGAGGAAACGACUACAACGACAACUUCAAUUGCAAAUUGAACGUCCUAUUCGACGUGUAACCACAAGAGCUAGUCAAGACUAUAUAGAGAGGGCGUUAAAGGAAGAUCCUCUUCACUUUCGAAAGUUAUAUCGGAUGGGUCCAGAUAUUUUUUUGAAGUUAUGUGGUCUCAUCCGAGAAAGAAAAAUUUUAACCGAUACAAGAUAUAUUAGCCUUGAAGAAAUAGUCGCAUCCUUCCUUCUAAUAGUUGGCCAAAAUUCGAGGUAUUGUUAUACAAGAAACACUUUUAAAAGAUCAAAGUUUGCUAUGAGCUACAAUUUUCAUAAAAAGUUUUGUCGAUCAGAUAAUUUUCCAGAAGAAACAAAUAGUAGUGAUGAAGAAGAAGAUCUUGAAGAAGUUAAUAACAAUAACGAAGAAGUUGGCAAGAAAGUUCUUGUAACCCAUGAUCAACAAAGAGAACAUGCCAACCAAUUGAGAGCAACUAUUGCAAUAAAGAUAUUUUUACAUUGUUUUGCGGCGAUGGCGACGGCGUUAGUGAUGAACGGCGAAUCGAAGAAGCAACCUCGGCCAGGCCGCGGCGGCUUCCAAGGCCGUGGAUUGACUGAGGAAGAAGCUCGAGUUCGCGCCAUAUCAGAAGUCGUCAGCACAAUGAUUGAGCGCUCCCACCGCAACGAGAAUGUUGACCUAAACGCAAUCAAAACCGCCGCUUGCCGGAAAUACGGCUUAGCGCGAUCG